AUCGUAACGUACUUCAGACCGUUCCGGUUGGCCACAGUCGCUCGUUUCAAAACGUCAUCUUGGCUGGUAGUUGCUGGCUAAAAUAAUAUUCUUGUAAAUAUACCGAUCACCACCGUUUACGGGUGGUGAUGAUAACGAGACAUUCGUAGAAAUGGCGACGGUAUUAGAGCAGUUUGUAAAUAAUGUGCGGACGCUUUCGAAGCAAGGUACGGUAAAAAUGUGUAACUUCCGAGAAUUAUAUGAGAUUAUAAAUAAGAAUAUUGACGCACUAAUGAAAAAUGGACAACACCUAGAUAAUGUUUUGGAAACGUUGGACUUGCAACAACACUCCCUUGGAAUUUUGGCAGUAUUGUGCAUUAAAUUUUCAUUGCCUAAUCCCAGUAGUACCAAUAAUCCUGAUGCAUAUAAGCCAUUAUUUAAUCAGGUUCAAGAAUUUUUCAUAGGGUGCAACAGUAAACAAGUUCAAUUUGCACCAGAUACAUAUGCAGAACUAUGUCAUUUACUCACUCAAACUCUAGUUGAAUUGCAAGUGCCGUUACGUGGUAUAGAAUUACUGCGUAGAGCUAUACGUAAGAUCCAACUGUUUGAUAGUCAGCUAACUUCGAUACAUGCUGAUCUCUGCCAAUUAUGCCUUCUGUCUAAGUGUUUUAAACCAGCGCUUGAGUUUCUUGAUAUUGAUGUUACUGGUAUUAGCCAGGAAGGUGCACAGUUUGACUCAAAGUUUUUUUUACUUUAUUAUUAUUAUGGUGGUAUGAUAUAUACAGCACUAAAAAAUUAUGAUCGUGCAUUAUAUUUCUUUGAAGUGUGUGUAACGACUCCUGCUAUGGCUGUCAGUCAUAUUAUGUUAGAGGCCUAUAAAAAAUAUAUUCUGGUCUCUUUAAUAUUACAUGGAAAGAUCUUAAAUUUACCUAGGUACACGAGUCAGGUAGUAAAUAGGUACAUAAAACCAUUAAGUCUACCAUAUCAAGAAUUAGCAACAGCUUACUUGACAAAUAAUUGUGAAGAAGUGCUGACCGUUAUUAGAAAAUACCAAGAACUUUUUGUAAGAGAGCACAACUCGGGAUUAGUUAAGCAAGUGCUCAGCUAUUUGUACAAAAAAAAUAUACAGAGGUUGACAAAAACUUUCUUAACACUUAGUUUAAGCGAUGUUGCAAGCAGAGUUCAACUGGCUGGCCCUUCGGAAGCAGAGAAAUAUAUUUUAAAUAUGAUAGAAGAUGGAGAAAUUUUUGCGACUAUAAAUCAGAAGGAUGGUAUGGUAGUAUUUCACGAUGAUCCCGAAAAAUAUAAUUCACCACAAAUGUUAGCUAAACUUCAGAAAGAAAUGCAAACGUGCGCAGAAUUAGAUAAGCGAGUGCUCGAGAUGGAAGAGGAAGUUGUUCUUACCCCACAAUAUGUUCGAAAAACUUGUGGUCAAAACGAUCAAGACGAUCAAACAGUUGGACCCACAAAUGUCACAAAUGGUCAAGCUCAGUUAAAACAUAACACCUACUCUAUGUAACAUACAUACGUCGUUGUGCAUUAUCUUUAUUAAAAAAGAAGGAAAUUAACGAAAAAGUCUUGUUAAAGGUCAAGCACAAGUACAUUUUGAAGCCUGUUUUGGGUGAAAUAUAUAAAUCUGUCAAAAUUUGGCUAAAAUAAUCUAUUUUGUACAAAGAUUACAAGACUACGAUUAACAACUAGUAAAAUUCUAAACAAUAAGAAAUUAAGGCUGAAACUAAUCGCAGUUUAUUGAUUCUAGAAUUUUUCUUAACAGUUGUAUUGACGCUCAUAUUUGUAAAAUCACAAUUUAAAAACAACAUAUAGUAAAAACACAAACGCAAGAUAAUAAAAAAAGAAGUGUAGUACGUAUCUGUAUAAAGUUACCAAUAUGCUUUAUCUCAUAAUUAUUAUUGAGUUUGUUUCAAUUUGCAUAUAAAAUACAUCACGAGAUAAUUAACAUCUGAAGCAGGCUUUAUGAAUAAAAUUACGUAGAUGAUUAAAAUAUUGUGGUAGUUAUCCACGAGAGGUCGUAUUGUUUUGAAAAAUAAGGAUACACGCUGUUUCAUACAUGAGCAUUUUUAACACUAAAAGUAAACUUAAUAAAUUAUUGAAAUAGUACAGCUUUCUAAAUGUA